AUGGAGGUCACGACUUCCCUGCACGGCAACGGGGUGAUUGGCAUCCUCCGUGAAGCCAAGUACAAAUGGGAGCGGCGCUGUCUGCUCACUCCCAGUCAUGCUGCUCGCUUGCUACGAGCUGGGAAAGGGCAAAAUGGUGGUGUGCGCAGGAUCAUUGUGCAGCCAUCUGAGAAGCGGAUCUACCGGGACAACCAGUAUGAGGAAGUUGGGUGCGAAAUCUCAGAAAAUCUGGAAGAAUGCGGAACAAUUUUUGGUGUGAAGCAGCCUCAGCUCGGCACCCUGCUGCCGCGCCGCUCGUAUGCCUUCUUCAGCCACACGCACAAGGCGCAGCCAGAGAACAUGGGGCUGCUGGACGAGGUGCUUGACAAGCACUUGCGCCUCUUUGACUACGAGCUCAUUGUGAACGACCAGGGCAGCAGGCUGGUUGCCUUUGGAGAGUUUGCGGGCCGUGCUGGCAUGGUGGACUUCUUGCGGGGGCUGGGUGAGCGCUACCUGGCGCUGGGCUACAGCACGCCCUUCCUCAGCCUGGGCAGCAGCUACAUGUACCCAUCCCUGGCGGCCGCCAAGGCUGCAGUGCUCGCUGUGGGGGAGGAGAUUGCCAGCGUGGGCCUCCCAGCCGCCAUCUGCCCCAUCACCUUUGUGUUCACGGGUACAGGCAAUGUGUCGCGGGGUGCACAGGAGGUGUUCCGCCUGCUCCCCCACCAGUAUGUGGAGCCAGACCAGCUGCCCACCCUGGUCAGCACAGCCAGCGGCCCACGCUUGCAUCACCAGGUGUAUGCUGCAGUGGCGCAACCGCAGCACAUGGUGGCGCCCAACGACCCCGCCGCGACCUUUGUCAAGGCGGAGUACUACGCUCGGCCUGAGCAGUUUCACCCCGUGUUCCACGAGACGCUGGCCCCGUACGCCACCGCGGUGAUCAACUGCAUGUACUGGGAGCGCCGCUUCCCUCGCCUGCUCUCCAAGCACCAAUUGCGGGACCUGGCACGGCGUCCAGGCGGCAUGAAGCUGCUGGGGGUGGCCGACAUCACCUGCGACGUGGAGGGGUCCAUCGAGUGCCUCAACAGAAGCACCAACAUCGAGAAGCCAUUCUUCCGGUACGACCCCCUGUGCGGCACCUUCCACGACGACAUGGACGGCCCGGGCGUGUUCCUGCUGGGCGUGGACAUUUUGCCCACGGAGCUGGCGCGCGAGGCCACCAAGCACUUUGGCGACGCGCUCUUCCCCUUCGUGGCCGCCCUCGCUGCGGCCGACACCCUGGACGCAGCUCCCGAGCCCAUGCGGCGCGCGUGCAUCGCCAGCGAGGGGCAGCUCACCCCGCUCUUCGAGUACAUCACCAGGAUGCGCGAGCGCCUGGCGGAGGCCGCCCCCCAGGGCCAGCUGGCAGUGUCGGACGACGACGGCCGCUUCUCCACCGUGAUCUCGCUGGCGGGCCACCUGUUCGACCAGUUCCUGAUCAACGAGGCCCUCGACGUGAUUGAGACCGCGGGGGGCCGCUUCUCGGUGGCAUCCUGCCAAGUGGGUCAGAGCAGCAGAGCCACGUCAUCCGCGGAGCUCCACGUCGCUGCCGACACCGCGGAACAGCUGGCUGAGAUUGUAGAGGCGCUGGCUGAGGUGGCGGGCGUCUUCUUCCCGAAGCUGCCCCCUGCCGUCCGCGCCCUCACGCGCAGCGGCACCAUCGAGAAGGCGCGGCAGCGGCAGCGCUCCUGGAACGCGCUGCACUCCGCAGAGCGGCGAUCACUGUCCCCCGUGCCGCGCAUGAAGCCGGGCGGCUUCAGCAACGAGAAAGAAGAGCUAGGAGGCCCGACAGCGGAUGCCCCACAGGCCACAGCCAAUGGUCAUCCGGGCACAGCCGACGGGGCGCCGGUAGAGCACGAGGCUCCACGACGUGCAGGGACCGAGCGUGCGGCCUCUGACGGGGAUGCCACCACGGGGCUGCCGCGUGUGCUGCUGCUCGGGGCCGGACGCAUGUGUGAGCCGGUGGUGCGGCACCUAACAUCGGUGGGAAAGAGCAGAGCGUGCGCCAGAGACUCGAGCGUGGCGAUCGGAGAUCAUGCCAGCGAGAGCCAGACUGGAUCAAGAAAGCAGAAGAAUGGGGCGGGGCUUGAAGAGAGCGGCCUGGAAGAGUGGCGGGGUGCACAAGUAACGGUCGCGUCAUUGCUGCUGGACGAAGCGCAGAGGGCAGCUGCCAUCGGCAAGCAGCGGUGCCUUGCAGUGCAACUGGACACGCGGGACAUAGCGCGGCUGGCCGGCCUGGUGCGCGACAGCGACGUGGUGAUCAGCCUUCUGCCACCGGCGUGCCACGUGGCAGUGGCGCAGGCAUGCAUCGCGGCAGGCAAGGACUUGGUGACGGCCAGCUACGUCAGCAGCGAGAUGCAGGCGCUGGACGACGCGGCCAGGGCGGCGGGCGUGACGUUGCUGUGCGAGAUGGGGCUGGACCCGGGCAUUGACCACAUGUCCGCCAUGAAGAUGAUCGACGGCAUCCACGCAGCAGGAGGCCGCGUGCGGUCGUUUGUGUCGGCGUGCGGGGGCCUGCCGGCGGCGGCGGCGGCGGACAAUCCGCUGGGGUACAAGUUCAGCUGGAACCCGCGGGGGGCCAUCAUGGCGGGGCGCAACGCCGCCACCUACAAGAUGGACGGGCAGGUUGUCAACGUGGCAGGUCCUGCCCUCUUCUCUGCCGCGCAGCCGUGCUCGCUCCCUGGCCUGCCCGCGUUCGCCCUGGAGCGGCUGCCCAACCGCGACUCGCUGCUGUACGGGCCGCUCUACGGCAUCGACGCUGAGGCGGCCACGCUCUUCCGCGCCACCCUGCGCUACCAAGGCUUCAGCUCCUUAAUGGACUGCUUCGGCCGGCUCGGCUUCUUCGACCUCUCCCCGGUGUCCUCGCUGGCGCACCCCGCCACCUUCCUGUCCUUCCUGGAGGCCUGCUUCCCCUCCGCGGCUGCACCAGGACAGACCUUUGCUGUGCGCGAGCGGGCCGUGCUAGAAGGGCUGGCCCGCACUCUUGAGGCCCAACUGGGGGGCGGCGCUGCGGAGCUGGUGUCCCGGGCGGUCGACUGUGCCAGGUGGCUGGGCCUGACGCGCGAGGCCCCCCUGCCCGCCGCGGUGGCCAGCCCGCUGGACCUGUUGUGUCACUGCAUGGAGGCCAGCAUGGGCUACCAGCCGGGCGAGCAGGACAUGGUGCUGCUGCACCACGACGUUGUGGAGGAGACGGCCGGGGGGGGCCGCCGGCGGCACAGCGCCACGCUGGUGGCGGUCGGCGAGGCCGAGGGGCGGCACGGCGGGCAGCCUGAGACGGCCAUGGCCAAAACCGUGGGCCUGCCUGUCGCCAUUGCCGCACAGCUUCUGUUGAGCCGGCGGGUGCAGAGCCGCGGCGUGUUGCGCCCCGUGACGCCUGACAUAUACGGCCCAGCUUUGAAGGAGCUUGGUCGACUCGGGGUGAGCUUCAAAGAGAGAGUUACUGACAUAAUGGAGAUUUGAUUCGGCAGUAGAGUUACCAUAUUGAGGCAACGUUGUUCUCGUCUAACAUAGAGGUGUGAUAACAAACGCGGCGACGAGUUAGGUAGAAGAUAAGAAGAUAAUCUUGUAAUUUAGCGUUCAUCAUUUCAGGCCACUAGACGGUAUGUGUACAUAAUCGAGGUUGAGGAUGGUACCAUUGAAUCAUAGUAGAGACCUUUCGUGUAUGUGUAUCAUUGUUUCAAGUGAGCAGAUUAGGAAAGUGCUCAAGGUGAAACGAAAGCGCUGUAGCAUAUGUAUACUACGUGCUUUUGGGCUGCAUGGCCCCUUCAAUUGUUUCAUCUAAACCUAGCGAGCCAAGAUCCGUGCUUAAGACAAAACGGCGGCAUUGCGGUGCAAGUCCUUGAACAUUAUGGUCGCCGCAAUGUUCAUUGCACAAGAUCGUUGUUUUGGAUCUUUUUCGAC